AUGCCUAAUAAUAUGAGAGAUCUUGAGCGGAAGAGGCGUGGAGCAGCAGUUUCAAGAGUGAUCAGGGAGGCUGAAUUUAAAUUCAGAGAGGCGAGGAAGGCUCAAAAAGCCAUUUGCGCUGAGGAUCAAUGCUAUACUUCUCCCCCUCCUCCUCCUUCUUCUUCACCUUCUUCUUCUUCUUCUCUUUCGCCUUCUCCUUCGCUUCCUCCUCCGCCCCCACUUCCACCUUCACCUUCACCUUCUCCCUCUUCUUCUUCAAUUAACACGGACGAGGAUGAUAUUCCGAGCAUUAAUCCUAUCCCGAAUCUCCAAACCCCCGCAAAGUAG